AUGCAAUAUCUAUUGGCUAAGUUACAAGAAUAUGGGUACAUCAAGUUUAACCAGAAAGAUGACAAUGACAAUGUGAAAGACUUGUUUUUGUCACAUCCUACUUCUGGUGACAUGUUGAGUGCUUUCCCUCGGAUUAUUGGCGUUACAUCCACCGAGAGGACUUUCUCAGCUGCCUUUGCAUUCAUCGAUAGGGAGAAAAAGGAAAACUAUACGUGGGUGUUGGAGAAUUUGAAGAGUAUGAUGGAUCCCGAUGCACUUCAUGGUGUUAUUGUGACAGAUAGGGAGUUAGCCCUAGUGAAUGCCAUUACAACAGUGUUCCCAACGGCCAGCCAUCUUCUAUGUCGGUGGCAUAUUGGGCAAAAUGUAUAUGCUAAAUGUAGGAAGAUGUUUGAUGAGAUGACUUGGGCUCUAUUUAAGCAUGCUUGGGAUUCACUGAUGUACUCACCAACUAUAUCUUUAUACGAGCAGGCACUUCGUACAAUGAAGCGAGAGUUUGUGCUAUAUCAAGUUGCGAUUAAGUACAUUGAGACAAAUUGGGACGAGGCAAAACAUUCGAAGCUUAAAUCCCACAUUGCGAAUUGCCAAGUCAACUUAUCGGCCGCCUGGGCCAAAAUGCACGAGUUGGUUAAAUUACAAAUCACAGAUAUAAAGGCUACCUUUGAGAAAAGUUUGAAUUGCUGGCAGCAUGAGUUUAGAAUUCCUACAUUUGACCAUCUAAGGGGAGCUGCUUCACAGAGUGCUAUGGGUUUGAUGUUGCCAGAGAUUAAGAAACUUGAUGACAUGGUUGUGGAGGACAAGAUUGACUGUGGCUGUCCUAUUCGCCGAACCCAUGGUUUACCUUGUGCUCAUGAGAUUGCUCCAUUAAAGAAUCAGGGUGAACCCAUACCAUUGUCGUUGAUUGAUGAUCAAUGGAAGAUUCUGAAACCCAUUUUGAAUCCAUCAACCACAUCCCUAUCUUCACCCCAACAGAAGGCCCAGACUUGCGGUCGAAAGUCAGGUUUGGUCAAUAAGUCAAUGCAUAGGAACCCGUCUGAGUUUGAGUACGUUGAGGCAUCCUUGAAAACUCCUAAGAUGGUGAAGGAAAAAACCUUCAAGGUUAAGGCCACUAUGAAAAAAAGCACCAAGGUGACCGGUAUCGAAGGUGCUAACAAGUUACUUUAUAGAUUGUCAUUCUUUGAAGAUGGGUGUGCACCCGAAAACAGGUGGAUGAUUUUUCCUAACAUGGGUCACGUUGUAUCUUCUACUUAUAAUGUGGUGGUUAUCCUCUUAUCCCAACUCCAAUGCCUUAGUUUCCUUCCACUCCAUUCUCACUUCAUACAGAUUGAGCUAAAAGCAUGUUCCCCCAUGCCACCUAUUGCCAACUAUUGGUUCAAAUUCCGAUGGGAGGAAGCCAAGGAAUGGAAGACAUCUUUUAUUGAUCAAAUUGAAGUGUUUAAAGCCAUAAUUGAAAGUGAUGUAGCAACCGCUGAGUCAUUUGAUGUAAAUUAG